GGUGACUGCCAGUAUCCCAGCGAGUCACACCUGAGUCCGGACCACCGAGGGCGCGCUGCGCUUGUGGACCAUGUCGUGGCUCUUUGGCAUCAAGGGCCCCAAGGGCGAAGGCGCAGGGCCUCCGCUGCCCUUGCCGCCCGCGCAGCCUGGGGCGGAGGGUGGAGGCGACCGUGGUGCGGGAGACCGGCAAUCACCCAAGGACAAAUGGAGCAACUUUGACCCGACAGGCCUGGAGCGUGCGGCCAAAGCGGCGCGCGAGUUGGAGCACUCGCGCCAUGCCAAGGAGGCGCUGAACCUUGCGCAGAUGCAGGAGCAGACACUACAGCUGGAACAACAGUCUAAACUCAAGGAAUAUGAAGCCGCUGUAGAGCAACUCAAGAGCGAACAGAUCCGUGUGCAAGCUGAGGAAAGACGGAAAACCCUAAGCGAAGAGACCCGGCAGCACCAGGCAAGGGCCCAGUACCAGGAUAAGCUAGCUCGACAACGCUACGAGGACCAGCUGAAGCAGCAGCAACUUCUGAAUGAAGAGAAUUUAAGGAAACAAGAGGAAUCUGUGCAGAAGCAGGAGGCCAUUCGUCGAGCCACUGUGGAGCGAGAGAUGGAGCUACGGCAUAAGAAUGAGAUGUUGCGGGUAGAAGCUGAGGCCCGAGCCCGGGCCAAGGCUGAUAGAGAGAAUGCAGACAUCAUCCGGGAACAGAUUCGCCUCAAGGCUGCUGAACACCGUCAGACCAUCUUGGAGUCUAUCAGGACAGCUGGCACCUUGUUUGGCGAAGGAUUCCGUGCCUUUGUGACAGACUGGGACAAAGUAACAGCCACGGUGGCUGGACUGACACUACUGGCUGUUGGAGUCUAUUCUGCCAAAAAUGCUACUACUGUUGCUGGUCGGUAUAUUGAGGCCCGCUUGGGGAAGCCAUCCCUGGUGAGGGAAACCUCCCGCAUCUCGGUGCUGGAGGCACUGAGGCAUCCCAUCCAGGUCAGCAAGCGCCUGGUCAGCCGACCCCAGGAUGCGCUGGAGGGUGUCAUCCUCAGUCCUAGCCUGGAGGCCCGGGUCCGAGAUAUUGCAAUCGCAACAAGAAAUACCAAGAAGAACAAAAGCCUGUAUAGAAACGUCCUGAUGUAUGGGCCACCAGGGACUGGCAAGACACUGUUUGCCAAGAAACUCGCACUGCAUUCAGGCAUGGACUACGCCAUCAUGACAGGCGGGGACGUGGCCCCCAUGGGGCGGGAGGGUGUGACCGCCAUGCACAAGGUCUUCGACUGGGCAAGCACCAGCCGACGAGGCCUCCUGCUCUUUGUGGAUGAAGCAGAUGCCUUCCUCAGGAAGCGAGCAACUGAAAAGAUAAGUGAAGACCUCAGGGCUACUCUGAAUGCAUUCCUACAUAGGACAGGACAACAUAGUAGUAAGUUCAUGCUGGUCCUGGCCAGUAACCAGCCUGAGCAGUUUGACUGGGCCAUCAAUGACCGCAUUGACGAGAUGGUCUGCUUUGCCCUGCCUCAGCGGGAGGAGCGUGAGCGCCUGGUGAGAAUGUAUUUUGACAAGUAUGUCCUUAAGCCGGCCACAGAAGGAAAGCAACGCUUGAAGGUGGCCCAGUUUGACUACGGAAAGAAAUGCUCAGAGGUGGCACAGCUGACGGAGGGGAUGUCAGGCCGGGAGAUUGCUCAGCUUGCUGUGGCAUGGCAGGCCAUGGCAUAUGCCUCUGAGGAUGGGGUCCUCACGGAGGCCAUGAUGGACGCCCGUGUCCAGGAUGCUGUUCAGCAGCACCAGCAGAAGAUGCAGUGGCUUAAGGUAGAGAGACCCAGUCUUGAAGCCAGCAAGCCACCGUGUCCUUGACUCCUCAGCUGCUGAGCUGGACCUGGACAUCUUGUACACCUGACUGGAGACAGCCAGCCUCUGUGACCACACUCUCCUCUUCCUAUCCUGAAUGUCCCUGCCCAGCUGCGGGAUGCUGGUGGUGUCAGCUUCUCUGCCUCCCACACCUCCUAGUCUCUCUGUAUGAGUGCUGGCAGAGGCGUACUGCCUUCCUGCACCCCAGUACACUGGAGAGACUUGUCUACAAGCCCAGGUCAGAGGAUGGAGGAAGCAGAGUGCUGUACCACAGGCCCAAGGCUAUGGCUGUGCCAGGGAGACUGGGACCUGCUGGGACCAGACCACAGGCAGGAAGGGCCUCUGCUUCCUGGACACUCCUCCUGCAUACAUCUGUGCCAAGAAUUGGCCCAGUCCUUACUUGGUAGAGUGGAUCUGGUGCUAGACAGCCCCUGGCGGUGGCAUCCAGGGUUCAGAGGUGCCACCUUCCCCUUGACUGGACCUUUUAAUUGCAGAAUCUAAUAAAACUGACUGAUUUGCA